AAGUCGAAGAGGAGGUGCGAAACCUCCUGCAGAAUGCCGACACGAAGGCAUUAGUGGGAUCUGUGCGGAAGAUCAUGCAGGUGUUGGAACACCAUGGCUUGGCAUGCCGCCAAUGCCUGAGUUGCAUGAAGGUGGGCGUGCACGACGCUAACCGAGAUGGUCUCGGUGUGUCGGCCUUCGACUGCCACAGGUUGUGCUCUGAGAUCAGCGACAUCGGCUACGACAGCCAGGAGUUCAAGGGGGUGGCAAUUCAGCUGCAGGGCGCAGAGCUGGACAGGAUCCAGGCCUUCAACAGGAAGUUGCAGGAGGAGGCCCAAGGCCUUUUGGGUGGCGCAAGUGACAUGAUCAGGUACGCAAGUUUGGCUGGCUCUCACGCCAACGACGCCAUGAGGUGCUUCGCAUCGCACGUGGAACACAAGGAUGAUGAGCUCACAUUGGACGGCCGACUCUCGAUAGAGAGGCUUGCGUCGAAGGAUGGCGCCUUCUACAAGGCCAUCGUUGAUGGCGAGACAUGGAUGGUGCUUGAGGCCACUUGCUCCACCGCCUGGCCAACGCUGGCCGAGACAGUGCAGGCAGCUUACAAUGCAGCUGGGCAGCUGGCGAGGCGUGAGACUGACCUCCAGGUGAUGAAAAGGCUGCACACAGCCAUCAUCCGCCAGGGAGCGGCGUGUGCAGUGCCGCGCAUGUACACCUUCGUCAUGCACUUCGCUGGGGGGCGAUCAGGUGAGUUCCUGAAAGAGACGGAGGCCUUCUUGCGCAUCAAGUGCGUGCCUGCAAGGCACUUGGCACCCGAGGUGUACGAAUCCCUCGCAACCGAGAUGCGACACACGGGAGCGCAACAAUUCCCCAAGUGCCGCCACGCGCUUCUUAAGGCACUCUUCACCAUUGAGUCUCGGAUCACGGCGAGCGACCUUCGACGUCUCUUCAGCCAGAAGUCAGGUAUGAUGCCACAGCUGGAGGAAUGUGAGGGGUUGAUCACUGAUGUGCAGAAGCUCUUCAAUUACCUUGACGUGCCAGCUGAGGUCAAGUUGCAGCAUCAAGGUGACUUUGAGAUCUCUUUGAUGUUCUGCCUGUUGCAGAAGAAGGAGCCAGGCAAAGAGCAGCGCGACAGUUUGCAAAGUGUUGCUCACAGUGCAGUGAUGCUGAUGAGGGAGCAUUCUGGUUUGAAGACUCCUGACCUCGUCUCCCCAUGGAUGCGUGAGUACGACGAGAGCGGGAAACAGCGCACAACUGCAGCCUUGGAAGAGGCAGGCUUCGCGGUGAGCCAGCGGGCGCCCCACAAGAAGACCAAACAGGAGGGCGAGAUUGUGGCCAUGACUUCGGAGAAAGUCACGAUCAACCUAGAUUCAAAGACGACCAUGACUGUUGGCGCACAGGAUUUUCUGAUGGGCCAAUGGCAGACAGUGAAGGCCAAGGCGCCCGUCGAGUUUCUUGCCUGGGAAGAUCGGGAGCCGUUCAAGUCGGUGGAGGUCUCAGUCAUGGAGCUCCAGGCCAGUGCAUGCUUGGCCCUUUGCGAGGCCGCCAAGAAGAAGAGCCUGGAAGGUCUGAUUGCAUUGCAGACCAAACCUGCGAAAGACGUGAUUGCAGCAAAGGCGAUCUUGAAGCAUGCCUUGCAGAUCAUCCCAGUGACCUCAAAGAUUCAGGUGCAGGAGGCCACGAAGGGAAAACAGAUUCCGCCUUCGGCGAUCUCCAUGGGCCAGAAGAAGAUUGGCGAAGCUGUCUUUGACAUGUGGCUCAUGCCGCAUCCUUUGAAGGAGGGUUGCCUUGUGAGCCCGGCUUUCAUGGUGCGGAGCACAGAGGAUGAAAGCAAGGCCAACAUGGAGAUCUGGCCGGCGCUGGGCAGGCAACAGGUCAAGGAGCUGAAAGUUCCAGUGUUGAGGAACACGAAGGCUGUGAAGAAGGGAGAACAAUUGCUGGUCUAUAGGCCCAAGGUGGAGGCUGAGGCCGCGGAAGAUCCAACAGGGCAUCCGAAGAAGAAGGCGCGAAAGGCCAAAUGA